AUGUAUUUAGCAGCCGACAUGAUGCUCGUGACGGUUGUCGUGUGUGCUGUCGCUGUCACAUCCAACGCUCGUUCCUCGCAGUCUCUCCGCCAGUACGGCUCCCUUUUCCCGUUCGCUUUGUCGCCGAUCUCCUCCGCUGAUUCCUCGUCGAGCCUCCACGAUCGCGAACGCGAAAUGCAACGAAGAGUCGAUUGUGCGACAAAAGGGAUAAAUACAAUAGAGCGAGAGGCUUCCAGCGUUGGCGAUACCAUCGCAGAAGAGCCCCGUUUAGCGACUUCUCUCCCAACCGCUCCAGUGGCGCAAUUGAUAUAUCGAUGGCUCCUCUUCGCUAGCGCGAUAUCUUCAGGGAAUUUCGCGUACGGAUUCGCUUCUCAGGAUGCGAUCUUUGUGAAUUUCCAUCGCAGAUACAAUGUCUCGAAAGUGCAGGCGAUACUCCGCGACAAUAGUUAUUUACCUCCAGCUUCGAUUCCGGAUUUCUCCGUGCCGGAAGUGAUCGAUAACAGAGCUCGAAACGUAGCGGUCGCGAUGACGGACGAGAUCAGAAACUAUCCCAAUGCGUUGUAUCAUCUUCCCGGACGGGAUUCCUUACGGGUCCUCACGCGCAAAAGUCCGCACGACACGAGAUAUCCGGAGAGCGACGGGUUGCAAAUACCUCUGCAUCAUCGUCGACCUACUUUCUCGCAAGGCAAACACCCUCAACAGACCACAACGCAGUCUCCUCCUUCUCCGUCUCCUCCCUCUGAAACAUCACCAGCCUUCGCAAAUCCCGUUAGCGUCGAGGAGAUGUCCUGUCAAAACACGAGAGGCGAAUUGUUCUUCAGAGCAUCCAUCAAAGCGCCGAGAAAUUCAGUUCCGCCGGUGAUAGGCAACGUGACAACGGGCGAUGUUUGUCGAGCGAUAGCGAUCAGGGAUUCUUAUCGCAUUAGUUUUGAGAGGGACCAAGUCUGGGAUUGCGGGGUCGUCGAUUGUUCCAUGGACGGCAACCAAUCGUACUGCCUUGAUCUGAGAUUUCCCGUGAUCUCCGGUCUACGACUGAGGGACGACUACAGGGUGACGUUGCGAUGUAAGACCCAGGACAGGAUCGCGUAUCACACCAGGCGAAUCAGCGUGAAGACUUUGGAAGCGAAGGCGAGAAACGUACCGGGCGUGCUAAACGGCGGCGCCGAAAAUACCUUGAAUGUUGAUGUGGGACUGUUCAGGAAGACUUACGACUCGAAAAACAUUUUCGACACGAGGAUACAAUCGGGCGGCACGGUCGUCCUCGGCGAGGAGAUUCUGCUGCGCGUGUUAGUCAACGGCGAUGACAGCUGGCGAUAUUCGAAGAUCGGCCAAGUGACAAUGCAUUACGUAGAGGAGCGACAGCGGCAGAAAAUCGUUAACAGUCUGUGGAUCCUCGACAAGGACGGCUGCUUGAAUCCGGACGUGCACGAGAUUUGUCCUCGCGAGCAAUACGCGAUGUCACCGUUGGAGAGCUACCUGAUUUUCCAAGCGUUCAUGUUUGAAGGCAUGAAAGAAACCGACGAGAUUUUCCUCACUGUGAAGGCCGUGGCGUGCGUAGAAUCCGUGGACUGUGUCCUGGACUGUCCCGGCGGUCACGUUAGACGUGUCAGAAGCGUUUCGGAUCGAAAUAGUACCGUUGAGUGGCAGAAUGACAUUAUUCUGCGAGUGGUUCUUCCAAAGUACGAGCCACGCGCUUCGCAAAACUAUUACUUAGCGAUCCUGGUAUCGGCGAUCGCAUUACUCGCGCUAAUCGCAUCGCUGUGGAUCGUCAGAAUCUCGCUUCGGCAAAGGAUAGCGAAAUCCCAAAUAAUCUUAAACGCUUAAUUUAUUCUCCUACGAGUAUAUAAAAUUUCAAACUGUAUAUAGGUGUAUAUUGAAUAAACGAGUUAUUGUACAUUA